AUGGCGGUGCGAGCCCAGUUCGAGAACUCCAACGAGGUCGGUGUCUUCUCGACACUCACAAACUCAUACGCCUUGACGGCCGUCGGCGCCAGCGAGAACUUCUACAGUGUUUUCGAAGCAGAGCUGCAAGAUGUCAUUCCCAUCUGCCGCACGACCAUUGCAGGCACGCGCAUCAUCGGCCGGUUAACAGCAGGAAACCGCAAAGGCCUUCUCGUCCCCACUUCCACCACAGACCAGGAGCUGCAGCACCUGCGGAAUUCCCUCCCCGACGAGAUUAGGAUACAGCGCAUCGAGGAGCGCCUGUCCGCGCUGGGCAACGUCAUCGUCACAAACGACCACAUCGCCCUGAUACAUCCGGACCUGGAGCGGGAGACGGAGGAGAUCAUCGCCGACGUCCUGGGCGUCGAGGUCUUCCGGCAGACCAUCGCCGACAACGUCCUCGUCGGCUCGUACAUGUCCCUCAGCAACCAGGGCGGCCUGGUCCACCCCAAGACCAGCAUCCAGGACCAGGACGAGCUCAGCAGCUUACUGCAGGUGCCCCUCGUGGCCGGCAGCGUCAACCGCGGAAGUAAUGUGGUCGGUGCCGGCAUGGUGGUGAACGACUGGAUGGCCGUCACGGGACUGGACACCACGGCGACGGAGCUCAGCGUCAUCGAGAGCGUGUUCAGACUGGGCGAGGGCGCGGCGCCGGGCAACAUCUCGGGCAACAUGAAGGACACCAUGGUGGAGAGCUUCUACUAG